AUGACAGAGCGCAUUAUGGUUGCCGUGCGAGUUCGUCCAUUUCUGCCGCACGAGAAUGAGGCCAGCUGCCUGGAGGUGUCGGCGAACAAAGUCGUCGUUGGCACCGGACGUCCCUUCGUCUUCGACCGUGUCUUCGGCGAAACGACCUCGUCUGACGACAUCUACGUUGCACUAGGACAGCCGCUAGCAGAUUCCUUCCUGAACGGCUUUCACGCGUCCAUGAUUGCGUAUGGACAGACCGGCUCUGGCAAGACGUUCACCAUGGCCGCGCUGCUACACGACACCGUGCAGGAAGUCUUUUGCCGCCUCACAGAGGAUUCGGAGGCGACGCAGAGCAACGGGCGCUCCAGCUCCGCCUUCAGCAGUUUGAGGGCUACGUUACGCACGAACACGACCUUCACCAUGUCACUCAGCGUCCUGGAAGUGUACAACGAGUCAAUCGGCGACCUGCUUGCCGCACUGACGUCGCAGCCCCCGAGGCGACACACGGCGAUGAUGUUGAAUGGCACCGUCUUGCAAGCCGUAGAUGCGCCCAGACCGCCGUCUGCGCAGGGCUGCGGCCCAUGCCAAAAGGGGGAGCUGUUUCGGCGACGCGCCUACGUGCCGACCAGCGCGUUCCCCAGAAACUCUCUCGCCGUACGCGAGGAUCCCCAUGGAGGCGUGUAUGUGGCGGGUCUCACAGAGGCACAGGUGCGCACUGAAGAAGAGAUGCUCGCGCUGAUCGACAGCGCCAUUGGGCAUCGGAAGACGGCCUCGACACUGAAUAACUCAAAAAGCUCGCGCUCGCACUGCAUCAUCACGCUCACGUUGCAGCGACGCGGUUUGUGCUCGCGCUGCUGCUUCGUUGAUUUAGCCGGGAGUGAGCGCCUGAAUUCUCGCGUAGUGACCGCUCCGUCCGGCGGACCUGGUAGGCCAGCAAGUCUCCUUGGGGCCAGUCUGUCGUCAAGCCACACCCUUCCCGAGCGCAUGCGAGAAGGCAUCAACAUCAAUAGUGGGCUGCUGGCUCUGGGCAACGUCAUUGUGGCGCUGUGCGAGAAAAAGCCUUACGUGCCGUACCGCUCCUCCAAGCUGACGCGCCUGCUGCAGCCGAUGCUCAGCGGCAACGCCCGCACGGCGAUUAUCGCCUGCAUCUCUCAGCUUGCAUCGUCGAUGGAGGAGACGCUGAACACCCUCAAGUACGCUGACCGCGCGAAGCGCAUCCAUAUCCACCCGCACUUGGCCGUCGCAGAAGUGACGACGUCGGUGGAUGCCCGGCAAACGAUUGUACUGCUGCAGGAACAGUUGGAGGAGGCGCAGCGCCGCUUCGUUAUCGCCGCCGCCGCUGGCUCAAGCACGCGGAAACCCACCAGAUUGCCUUCGGUAUCCCUCAUGCAGGAGGUGAAUCGCUUACGCGAGCUCCUGCGGCAGGAGCGCCAGUUGACGAAGCGACUCGAGAACGACGUGCUCAAUGCUGAGCGCACCGUCAUGGUCGAAGUGGCGAAGCGCAAGGCUCUGGAGGCGCGAGUCGCGCAGCUCGAGGCAGCGAGUGCUGCUGACCUGAGAGCGGAAGGAGCAGAGUGCACCGAGGCCAGAACUGACAGUGACACAGGGAAAUCGACCAGCUUUUUGCUCAGUCCCUGCAGUUGCCUCAGGAUAAACGUGGCACGUCUCCAGCAGCUGGAGGAAGAACAGGAUGCGCUAGCGGCGAUGCGGGCUCAGAAGGUGCGGGACACGGCUCGGCUCGAAGCAGCCCUUGUAGGGAAUGGAGACUGCGGUGCUGACAACCUUGCUGCCACCUUGACCGCUGACACGGACGACAACUCCAUCGUGGUGACGCUCAGAGAGGACAUUAUUGCCGAGAAACGUCAAAUUGCGCAGCCGCAGAUGGAAAACGGCGACGUCUCUGCCCAACUUGUGCAGCGCAAGAAGUUGCAGUGCACCCUCAGUAACCAGGCGCACCCGCGUGGAGAGCUACGCAAGGCGGAGGUCAAGCUGGAGAAGCCCGAGGUGGCGCUUAAGCGGAGAAAGCAGGAGAAAGAGAAGCUGAGCGCCAUCUCCGGGGAUCGCCUCCGCCGCGCUAGGGCGAGCUCUGAGGGCUACCGCGGCCGCGUCAAGGAGUCGACGCAGCACGUGCGGGCGCGCCAGGUGGAUCUCGAAAGCACACGCCAGCUGCAAGAGAAGUUGGUGGAGCUGCAGGAGGAGGUGUUCCGGCAGCGGCUGUGUGCGCGCACGACUCGGAAGGCGUCUUUGAAGCUCAAUGGUGCCCAUAAGCAGGAGGCUGAGCAGCUUCAGCAGCAGCUGCAGCUGAUCACCACACAGACGACGUCCCUCAGUCAACGCACGAAACGCAAAGAUCCUGCCGCUGUGAGGGAGCGCAGACAGCUGGCGGAGCAGCAGGCGCACGUGCAGAGGUCUCAGAAAGAAGUGUCCUCGCUCGUGCGUCUUUGCCACCUACCACACGAGAAGAUGCCGUCUUCCUCCCCCAAAGUCAGUCCCCCAUCGCCUGCGCUCAGCAAAACCUCGCCGCACAUCGUCAAGGCUCACAAGAACUCCCACACGUCACCGUCUCGGCCGGAAUUUUAUGCGCAGGGACUUCACAGUAGCAUUGAUGGUGCCCUGCAGAGCUCACGCGACGGUGACGCGACGCAAACGACCAUCAAGUGCGAGCUGCAAGACUUAAAGCGAAUACAGAAGGAGUUGGCCGAGCUACUGAUGCACCGCCGCACCUUGCUGACCGCGCAAACCAUUGAUGCAUCCAGGUGGCACCGCGCUAAGGAGGGCUUUGAGCUGGGACUCUCACAGAUUCACGCUGCGCUGAAGUCCACCGAGCCUGGCCGGCGCAAGCACAGAGCUCUUCUCAAAGAAAAAAGCAACAUGGAGGAGCAGCUUCGGCAGCUGCAAGCGUUCUACCACAUGGUCGCCGAUCCCGGUCAGCAACUGGCUGAGCUCGACAGCCGUAUGGAGGGCCUGAACAGGGCGCACAAGCUCCACACGCAGCACUUGAGCCAACUGCAGCGCGCUGUGCCGAAGCCGCGCGGGAACGGUGGGGUGGUGGCGGCGAGGGAGAAGCAUCAGCCAUCUAUGCGCCACAUGCGCGCGGCGCCUGCAAGGUACUCCGCUGCUAGCACGUCAACCCUCCACACACCGGUGGCAUCGUCGCGAGGAACAAACGGAAGCAUGCAGGCCUAUGUGACGGAGUCGAAGCAGCAGGUCACGCACCGCGCUGAGGAGUCCCGCUCGCCGCGUGCACAACGGCGACGUGCGUAG